AUUGUAUUUUAACACAAAUUAGUUAGACGGAGUAUUACCCAUUGCUGAAGGGAGUGUGUUAAACCCUAAAUGAGAUUAGGGUUUUGGGCAUUUAGCGAGAAGCUCUCAUUUUCAAUCAAUGACGAACGAGGUUGCUUCAGAGCUCGCAAUGGAAGUCGAACCCCAAGUUGAAAUGGCCGUCGAACCGGAGCGGGCCAUGGAGCAGGAAGAGGAGGGUGGAAAGUCCAGUGAGGAGCAAGGGGUCGAGAAUUCGGGGAAGGAGGGAAUGGGUAGGGCCACCGUCGGCCCGAAGACGUUUGGUUCUUCUGUGGAGAUGUUUGAUUACUUUUAUAAGAUACUUCAUUCCUGGCCAACUAAUCUUGAUCUCAAUAAGUACGAGCACACGAUGUUGCUGGAAUUGCUGAAGAAGGGUCAUCUGGAAGCAGAUAGAAAGAUCGGCAAAGGUGUCAAAGCUUUCCAAAUCCGGUUUCAUCCUCAGUUCAAAAGUCGCUGCUUCUUCCUCAUAAGGGAAGACAACUCCGUUGAUGAUUUCAGCUUCAGGAAAUGCAUCGACCACAUACUUCCCUUGCCAGAAAACAUGCAAAUCAAGCAUGAUGUCAACAAGGCCUUCCGCGGAAAAGCCGGUGGCCGAGGAAGGGGUGGUGGCCGGGGCAGAGCUGGAAAAUGAAUAAAAGAGUAGCUGCCACCCUUCCAUCAAGUUGAUAUAUUUAUAUUCUAGGAAUGAAUUUUUGGAAAUUUUGCACUUUAUUCUGAGUAUUUGUCAACGAGGGCUUUUUCUAGUGAAACAUUGCAAUUUUUUUUCAAGUAAAUAGUUUUUGCGAUCUUGGCCAACGAGAUUGCAAAUUUUGUACUUUAUUGUGGAAUUUUAUUUUCUUUUAAUAUCAAAUUCAGCUUGGCCAUGUCAAA